AUGUCAAACAAAUGUUCUGUACUUUUUGUAGCUUUGUUUACAUCUAAUCUUCGUUCAGCCGGAAGCAUUGAAUAUUGGGCUAAAGUUAUGGUGUCCACAGUGGAACAGCCUAACCGGAUAAAUCCUACUUUAGAAGAGCUGGCGGAAGAAAAACGGAAAUUUCGAUAUCGAGCGGGUGCGUUUUUGGCAGCAGUCGGUUCAACGGCAGCCGUAGCAGGAUUUAGUAAAGCAAUCAUGUCGGCGAAGAAAUCGGACCCGAAGUAUUUCGAUAAAGGCCUGCACGGAAGCUUAGCGCUGCAUGAGGCCGGUACGAGUUUGGCCUUGCGAGCACUCGGCUGGGGUACGCUGUAUGCAGUCCUUGGAACGGGAACACUUUGCUACGGAAUAUGGAAGCUAAGCGGUGCGAACAAUAUGGAAGAGUUUCGUGAAGCAGUCGGUAAAGCAUUGCCCCGAGUCCCUCGCAACGAUCCACCAACGAGCCGUACGGAGUUUGAAGGAUUAACCGAUCUCAUGCAGUACCUUACGACGUGGGGAAAGGAUGAGAAAAACGUGUCUUCCUUACCGAACAAACAGUCUAGUCCGUAG